GAAUAUAAAGAUCUGUCCGGGAGCAUUGCCGAAGCCAAGGCCCUUUCCCCACAUCAAGUUCAUUCUCUCUGCCUCUCUACGUGUGCCCUCGUCAUCUCCUUCUUCACUAGUUGAGUUCUCCUCCCCACGUGUUGGAACAAUGAAGUCAGGAUGGGAACCGGAGCAGCGGGAUCUCGGCGACCUCGGGCUCGCCGGCAUCUUCCGCGAGACCAUCCUCGUGGUCCGUCGAGUCUUCCUCCCCAACUACGGCGGCACCCUUCUGCGCCCGCUCCUCACCGAUUGUUUUAUCGCCAAUGCCGUCUUCUCUGUAGCCCCCACUGUCUGGACCUGGGCGUUUUCUUCUUCUACGUCCAGAUCCUCGCCCUCCUCCUCCAGCCCCAGGUCCUCAUUCUCUUGACCCCCGACUAUGUCUUCUGCGUGGCGUCCCUUUACUGCACAGGCGGCGGCCUCCGCGCCGCCCACAGCGUCCUCAACGAGCGCAUCCCCGCCGUCCCGCUCAGGCGGCUCUUCUGCACGUUCUACCUCGUUGCACUCCCCAUUCUCGUCAUCUUCACCUCCCUCUCCGUCGCGGCCCUGCUCGGCCUCGACGACAAGAUCUUGCUGGCGAUGCGCCUGCUGGGAUUGGCCAGCGCGGCCUACGCCGCCGUCGUGGGCCACCUGGCCUGUGUCGUCUCGGUGCUGGAGGACGCCGUCCUCUUCGGCGCCGUGCGCAGGAGCCGGGAGCUCCUCGCCGGCAAGUUCUGGAUGGUGGCGACCUUCUUCCUCACGCUCGACGGUUGCAUCAUCGCCCUACUGGUGGCCUUCCAGGCGCUCAUGACUGAUGGCGCACGGAGCCUCGGCUUUGGGUUCCGACUGGCCGCCGUGACGGCCAUAUACGGAGCGCUGCCGGCGCUGCUCCACGUCGCUAUGGUGGCGCAGCCGGUGGCCUACAUGGUCUGCAAGAGCCACCGUCAGGAGGUCGUCGACCUGGUCCAACUCCACGGCUCCACUACACUCGCCGUCGACGGCGACAAUUAAUGGCGUGGACCUGCAGUGGGUGCACAAGGCAUCGCAGCUCACUGCUAACCCUGCAACUACUCUCGAGCUAGCUAUCCUGUGGAGUUUAGUGCUAAUUAAGCUUUGUUUCUACUAUACUACUAGCUACUUAGCUUCCAAUAAGAAGUUAGUUACAAGAAAACUUCCAAGAACUCAUUACUACAAGUUCUUAAGGAUAUGCAGUCGUAUCUCUCGUAUGGAACUCUGUGAUCCCAUUGUUAUUAGUACUUAUGAGAGAUGCAUGCUUGGGAUUAUGCAUGUGUGAGGCUUUGAAUAGAAUAAUAUAUAUGUUUAAUUUCUU